AUGAAUAAACUCCACGCUGUUAGGAAGAGGAUCAAGCCGUGGUAUAUAUACGCGCUCAUAGCGACGGCGAUAGUUACGCUCGUCGUGGUGCUUUCAACUGUGCUAGUCGCUCGACGGAAUCAUGAGUGGUUUAUUCAGAAAGUCUUGCAUGAUAAGAUGACCGCGUCUAAUCCGGGUACUGCCCGAGUGAAUCUCGGCUAUGCGCAAUACCAGGGCUCACUUGUUGGUAAUGAGGGCAGUGUGGCCCAAUUCCUCGGGAUGCGGUAUGCGGCGCCGCCGACGGGGGACCGUAGAUGGCGGGCGCCGGUCGAGCCUGAGACGGAGGAUUCGGGGGACCAAGCGGCAGAUACUUUCGGCCCCAUCUGUCUAGGUCGCGGAUCCCCAUACCCAAACAGCAAGCAAGACGAAGACUGUCUAUACGCGAACGUAUGGGCACCAGCGAACGCAACAGUAGACUCCAAACUGCCCGUAUGGCUAUUCAUCCAAGGCGGCGGCUACAACACCAACAGCAACGCGAACUGGAACGGGACCUAUCUCCUCUCACAAUCGAACAACAGCAUCGUAUUCGUGAACUUCAACUACCGCGUCGGGCUAUGGGGAUUCCUCGCGACGCAAAACCUGCUCGCGCCCGGAGCCGGGGACCUUAACGUCGGGUUGCGCGACCAAAUCGCGAUGUUGCGGUGGGUGCGGGAGCACAUCGCGCAAUUCGGAGGCGACCCGUCACAUGUCGUGAUCACGGGGACAUCGGCGGGAGCCGGGAGCGUAGCGCUGCAUUUACUGAUGGCGUACGGGGAGCACGGGGAGGGGAGUUACGGCAGCUACGGGAGCUACGGGAACACCAGCUACCCCAGCGACGCCGGGGACACGGAGGGUACCGAUCUCUUCGUCGGUGGGGUGGGUGAGUCCGUGUUUUUCCCAUGGCAGCCACCUCUCGCCGAUCUAGAAUGGCAGUACGAUUUACUCCUCAACCAAACCGGAUGCGGCACGCAAUCCGCCUCUGACCCAUUAACCUGUCUCCGCGGCCUCCCAACAGAAACUCUCCAACCGCUUAACACAGCAUCCCCGUACCCCGGGCGCCCUAACUCUCCCCUCCCCCUCUUCUACUGGACCCCCUGCAUAGACGGGACCCUCCUCCGGGACCUGCCCUACACCCUCUUCUCACGAGGCGAAUUCCUCUCCGUGCCAGUAAUAAUGGGCACAACAACCAACGAAGGCGCCUCCUUCGCAACCAACACGUCCACAGCCGACGCCUUCGGGGUUUUCAUGCAGAACAACUACCCGCACCUAACCACCGCCCAAACCAGCUCCAUCAUCGCGCAAUACCCGCAAGCGCAACAAGCCCCGCAAGCGCAACAAGCCCCGCUCCCAAACCACGCGGCGUGGUUUCCGUCAACGGCAGCUGCGUACGGGGACACUACGUUCAUCUGUCCGGCGAACCACAUUUUGGCAUCGUACACACACGCACCCGUACCUCCCUUCAACGCGGGUGGGGUGAACGGGAGUCAGGUCUGGGGCUACCGAUACGAUGUAUCAGACCCGACGAACGCCGCAGCCGGGGUCGGGGUGCCGCAUAUAUGGGAGUCGUGGGCGGUAUACGGACCUGACGCACUGAACGGGGUUGGCGGGGGGCCCGCGAGUUACUAUUACCCCGCCGGCGUGGCAGCGGGGGUUGUGAAGCCGGUGCAGGAUUACUGGAUUUCGUUUGUGCGGACAUUGGAUCCAAAUGCGGAGAGGAGUGUUGGGGCGCCGGUGUGGGAGGCGUGGAGUGCUGGUGUGAAUGGGACUAGCGACGGAGGGCAAAGGCUGCUGUUCCAGGCGGAGGGGUUCACGAUGGAGCCUGUGGCGGCGGAUUUGCAGGAGCGGUGUGAUUUCUGGAGGGGGCUUGUUCCUGCGACGCAGCAGUGA